AUGUAAACUAUGGCGGAAAAUGUGGAAUCGAACGACCACGAUACGCAGGAUAAUCCAAUGAGAAGCAUUCUUAAACGGCGAAAACAGGAGGAAGAAAGUGAAGAAAAUCCAGUUAAAUCAGUUUUGAAAAAGCCGAGAACCUUAAGUCAGGAUGACAAGGAAGUGACUACCCCACAACCCAGGAGUAUUCUUAGAAAGAAAUCGGACAAUGCAAACGAAAACAGUAAGGUGACUCCAAAAGAAGAAACGGGAGAAACAGUUAAAACUUCGCCAGUCAAGAUUAAAACUGAAAGAACAUCGGAUUCAUCACCCCCUAAGAAGGCAAGCGAGGAAACUAGGUUGUCAAAAGCAGCCAGAUUGGUAGCUGCACCUAAAGCAGCUGAUGAUGAUGACGACUACGAGGCAGUUCAGGAUCCCAAAGUUGAUAGAAGUCGUUCUUGUCCCUACCUAGACACAAUCAACAGAUCUGUCCUUGACUUUGAUUUUGAGAAGCUUUGUUCUGUGUCACUCUCUCACAUAAAUGUCUACGCCUGUCUAGUCUGUGGAAAGUACUUCCAAGGACGAGGAAAGCUCUCUCAUGCCUAUACUCAUAGUGUUCUGGAUAGCCAUCAUGUGUUUCUGAAUUUAUUGACCCAGAAGUUUUACUGCUUGCCUGACAAUUAUCAGAUCAUUGACUCCUCCCUAGAUGACAUCAUUUAUGUUCUAAAUCCCACAUUUAGUAAUGAGCACAUAGCAUCCUUGGACUCGAGCAGUAAACUUUCUCGUGCAUAUGAUGGCACCACCUAUUUACCUGGAAUUGUGGGUCUCAACAAUAUCAAGGAGAAUGACUACUGCAAUGUGAUACUUCAGGCCUUGUCUCAUGUGACACCCUUGAGAAAUUUUUUUUUACAAGAAGACAACUACAAGAAGAUCAAGAGGCCCCCGGGGGACCAGAUGUUUCUUACUGUCCAGAGAUUUGGGGAACUUCUGAGGAAGCUCUGGAAUCCAAGAAAUUUUAAGGCUCAUGUCAGCCCCCACGAGAUGUUACAAGCUGUUGUCUUGUGCAGUAAAAAGAAAUUUCAAAUCACGGAACAAGGUGAUGCCCUUGAGUUCAUGUCCUGGUUUUUAAAUGCUCUACACUUGGCAAUGAAUGGAACCAAGAGGCUGAACAGUACCAUUGUCAACAAAACUUUUAGAGGGAAAAUGAGAGUGUAUACAAGAAAGGUUUUGCCAAUUGAUUUGAAAGAAGAGGAAAAAGAGAAGCUUCUGUUGACGGAUGAAUAUUUAGAGCAUGCCGAGGAGAUUCCCUGGCUGUAUCUGACCUGUGACCUGCCCCCACCCCCACUUUACCCGGACGAACUCCAGGAGAAUAUCAUUCCUCAGGUUCCCUUCGCUUCACUCCUGACCAAGUUUAAUGGAGUCUCGGAGAAGGAGUAUAAAACACACAAAGAUUCUCAGCUGAAACGCUUCCAGAUCACCAGAUUACCCAAUUUCCUCAUCAUUUUCAUCAAGAGGUUCACAAAGAAUUAUUUUAUUAAAGAAAAGAAUCCAACUAUUGUCAACUUCCCAAUCAAGAACAUUGAUUUUGGAGAUUUGCUAGCCCCAGAGCACCGGGUUUUACACAGAAACACCACCUACGACCUGAUGGCUAACAUUGUACAUGAUGGAGAGCCAGAGCGAGGCAAGGGGACGUACAGAGUCCAUGUUCUACACAAGGGUACCCAGAAAUGGUACGAAAUGCAGGACCUUCAUGUCACAGACAUCCUACCCCAGAUGAUCCCAUUGUCAGAGAGCUAUAUACAGAUAUUUGAGUUGAGAAAAGAUAUACCUAACCCAGUGUAUGGUAAAGAUCCUGUGGAACUGUCAGGAACACUCCCAGAGUCAAUGGAAGUGGGGAAAACGGCUGACACCUGAAUCUGACCGCUAACAGCCAAGGCUGCUGUGUGUGUGUCUGUCUUGACUCUAGAUGAUUGUUUUAUCAUACAUAUAAUUAUAUAUUGUUACUGGUACACUGUACAGUGUGUUCAAGAUCUCCAAUUAAAUCACUUGUGUACUGGUA